AGGUCUGGUCCUACUGGCCUGGGCGCUGCUGAUAAACCACGGUGUGAAGCGAUCGACGCACACCGCUAAAAUCCUGAAUUACGUCACGAGGACUCUGGCUUCUUGUCUUAUUGCAUCUGCCAUUUGGUUGAUCAAGACUCUGCUGAUAAAAUUACUGGCUUCUUCAUUCCAAUGCACACGGUUCUUCGAUCGGAUUCAAGAGUCGUUCUUUCAUCAGUACAUUGUUUGCUCGCUCUCUGGGCCUCCCUUCAUGGAAAUGGACGGGAAUUCGAAGAGCAACAGCCAGUUAAGUUUCAAGACUUCGAAUGAAGUAUCGGAACAGAAGAAAGAGGAAGUGAUUGAUCUGGAGAAGCUACACAGGAUCAACCAAGGGAAGGUCUCGGCGUGGAUGAUGAAAGGGUUGAUUGACGUGAUAAGUAGGUCUGGGCUAUCCAUGGGUAGGCUCAACCACGGGGAUGAUGACGAGGAGGGAGAGAAACAAGAGAGCAAGAUUAGUAGUGAGUGGGGUGCUAAAGAUGCCGCUUAUCAGAUAUUCAGAAACGUAGCUAAGCCUGGAUACAAGUACAUUGAGGAAGAGGACCUCUUGCACUUCAUGAAAAAGGCAGAUGCGGACAAUGCGUUUCUGUUGUUUGAAGGAGCCACAGAAACCGGAAAGAUCACCAGGUCAUCAUUGAAAAAGUGGUUGGUGAAGGUUUACCAAGAACGCAAGUCGCUAGCGCAUUCCUUAAACGAUACAAAGACCACCAUUGAAGAGCUGAACAGGCUCACUUCGGGGGUUGUGCUCAUAGUGAUCCUCAAAGUCUGGUUAUUGGUGAUGGGACUUUUGACAACCCAAGUGCUCUUGUUCAUCUCAUCCCAGCUUUUCCUGGUGGUGUUCAUAUUCGGUAACACAGCAAAAACUGUUUUUGAUGCGAUCAUAUUUGUAUUUGUGAUGCAUCCGUUCGACGUGGGUGACCGUUGCGUAAUCGAUGGAGUUCAGAUGGUGGUUGAAGAAAUGAACAUCUUAACAACAGUCCUGAGAUAUGACAACGAAAAGAUUUACUACCCAAAUUCAGUUUUGGCGACAAAACCCAUCAGCAAUUUGUACAGGAGUCCGGAGAUGAGCGAUUCCGUGGAAUUCGCCAUCGAUUUCUCCACUUCAAUCAAGAGCAUCGGAGAUAUGAAAGCUAAAAUAAAAGAAUAUCUGGAGAGCAAGCCUCAGUACUGGCGUCCCAGCCACAGCGUCUUGGUCAAGGAGAUUGAAGAUGUGAACAAGAUGAAGAUGGGUCUCUAUGUCACUCACACCAUAAAUUUUCAGAAAUCCGGGGAUCGGAGUAGCCGGAGAUGCGAGCUGGUUCUGGAGCUCAAGAAGAUAUUCGAGGAGGUCGGGAUUGCAUACCGUCUGCUGCCUCAUGAAGUCCACCUCAGCAAUGUCGGCUCACCAUCCUCAGCUGCAGCCGGUCCGACGUGACUUACCCUCUAUACGCAAUCACCGACAGCACAGGGCAAUAAUGUUUGUGGUAAGUAAUCUCUUCUGUUCUUCGAGUAAUUAACCCUAUCGAACAUGGUUGGUCUAGACCCACAAAUUAUAAUCUAUAAAGUACCAACUUUCAACACAGAAGAAUUCAAAGCGAAGUCCGAAUUCUCUUAACCACCAGCAUUUAGGAUGAUCAUGCACGACAAUUACAUCCGACCAUUAGGACUCAUGAAAAGUUUGGAGCACUGUCAUUUCGACAUCAGUGAUUCAAGAUCUCGCAUGCUCUAAUGUUUGUUCAUCAUCUUAGUUGGCCAAGGAACAAGUUCUUAUCGCUGCCACUGCAUUAACGAAACGUCUUUGCUAACUGGAGACAUUC